AUGGCGGAGCAGUCCAAAUGGUCUAGCUCGAGAGUAGCCCACUUACGGACUGGCGCGCAGCAGCCACAGCCCACUGGCACACAGCAGAGUCGAUGGGCCACGAACACCUCGACCAACGUUUCCUCCUCGACCUCUUCAGUCGGCUCUACAGCCGCGUCAUCAUCAUGGAGAUCACGGCCCGACAAAGCCUCCGCAUCCUCAUCGGGUAGCGCAUGGCGGCCUCCUCGCCAAUCCCAACCACCAUUCAGCAGCGAUGCUGCCGUCGGAUCCUCAGGCUCACGAUGGGCGUCCCCUCGGUUCCCAGCAGCACAAAGCAACUCGGUGGCCAACUUGACCGAUACGCUGGCCGGAACAUCGAUAGCUUCCUCGCCACCCUCCAUAUCGAUACACUCUUCCCCCCGAACAUUAAAUCAUUCUCCGGCCAAAGGCAGCGUCAUGAGAGCUGACGGUCUGCAAGCUCGCGACGCCUCGCGCCCGCUCGGAGGCAAGUCGCUCGACAGACUAGCUCUCCUUGCCUCGCCCUCACGCGGCCUCGACUCCACCUCUUCGCUCUCUACGGACCUCUCCUCUCAAGGCAGCAUGGAUCUCACCCUGCCUCAGGUGCAGGCCGAGCUGCGUGAGUACAUUUCUAUGCGCAUCACGAAGGCGAUACCACUGCUUUCUGCGCCCGCGCCGGCUCUCCGCGUGUUGGACAGCAGACAAUAUCUGCCUCGAGAGGAGGCGGACGGAGCGAAGGGGGUGGGCAAGGGGGAAGAAGAGCUGCAGCAAAUUUUGCUGUUGGUGCGCAAGCUGAGAGAGGCGCUGGUGGCGAGUAAGCGGGUUGAUGGGUUUUCUGUCGAGGUGUACGAGCUGUCGGCGUCCUUGGCCGUGUUAUGUGUGGAUGUGCCGCAGUUGGCGGCGACGCUGCCGAGACUCGUGCUCGAGCUGUAUCCGUCCACUCGAGAAGCGGCGGCGGACCCAGGUAGGGAUGUGGAACAGCUCGCAACGCACCUCGGGAUCCAUCCCAGCACGGGCGAAGAUAAGCGCAUGCGACUUGUCUCUCUUUACCUCCUGCAAACGCUCUGUCUCUCAGGUCGAGCGACGCGGCUUGGCCAGUACGCUGCUGCCCACUCCGAACGCACGGAAGCACUACAUCGCGGCUUGAGCGAGUACAAGCGUCUCAAAGCCACCCUCACGAGUGUCUACGGUGAACGGCUGCAUUCGCAUCUAGCUGUGUCUGAUGCGGUGUACGCUGCGUUACGCAAUGUUGACUCGUUGACGCUGUCGCGCUUGCUCUGCGAUACAAAAGGGGGGAUGAAUGGGUGGCAGAGAUUGAUUGCACUGCAAGUUGUGCCGGCGCUUCGGAGUGCUGCGUGGGAAGUUGCCCGGAAGGCGUAUAUGUAUAUGCCUGUUUCGGAGCGGCUCAAGGGUAUGAUUAUCGGAGGAGAGGAGAAGGUGGAGCAAGGGCCAAGAGACGAGGAGGAUGGAUUUUGGGUUCAGCUGCUUCUGCUGGGCACGGAUGCUCUGCCACCCACGCCGGUAGGGGAAGCGAAGCAAGAUUCGUUGCGGAAGCAAGAGCAGACACUGCCGGACGAAUGGGACGCCGACGACGAUCCGUCUCAACCGUCUGCUAUGAGUGCCAGUGGAGAGCAGGAAGACGCUCGACUGUUGACCUUUCUCACGUCGCAAUUCGGUCUCACACUACCAGACAGGAUCAUGUCGAUCAAACACGGACACGCUGUCAAACUUCGCUAG